AAUCAGCAUUGUUAAAUAAGAAACAUGAAUGAUAUUAUAAGCAGGUGUAUUACAAACGCAAGAGACCUUCUAGCAACCGUUUGUUUGUGAUCUUAAAUGAUGUUUCAUCUUCCACACAACAUUAUCGGGGUUUGUCAUUAAGUGUCCAUGCCAACGUUGAGAUUACAAACAAACAUUCGCUGGAAGAUUUCUUUCAAAUGUAAUAUUGAAAAUUGUUUUGUCCCAACAGGUGUUAGACUUUAUGACAUCAUUAUGACAUCACAAAUGCGUCAUAUUCACAUCUGCGGUGCUCAUUCAACCGGAAAGACCACGUUAAUUGAGUUUCUUCAAAGUUGCGAGGAUUUCAUUGGAUUGGGAGCCAGAGUUCAAGAAGAGGUCGCGCGUAAAGUGGUUGUGGAACAGGGGAUUACCCAGAAAAUGUUGAAAGACAAAAAUAUUUUCCACGAUCUCAACGUUAAAAUUAUCCAAGCUUUGUUUGAAAAGCAACAAGAAGUUGAAACUAAAGAUUUGAAAUUAGUUUUGUGGGAUCGUGGGAUCAUGGAUGCACUUACUUAUCUCUUAACAUACGUUGGGGUGGUGGCUUACGAAGAUGCGUUGAAGAUGGAUAUUGUGGAAACAAUGUUGCGACGGUGGCAGGAUGGAGCAAGGGUACUGGUUUUGGUGAUUCCCCCAAACCAAAAGUUUCUCAAAAAUGACGGAGUGCGAAUGAAAACAAACGAUAUCAUGACUUUGCAAAAAUAUCAUGAUGUCAUGACAUCACUGAUGAAUCAGCAUAAUAUUCGCUUCAUCAUAAUCGAGGCUGAAGAUUUGAACGAACGAGCGCGUUUUGUCACCACAACAAUCAAACAAUGGAUGAAACAAUCACCAUUAUAAUGUCA